CUCUUGUUUGUAGACUUGAUCAGGUGUGUGGAAGAGGUGCUGCUGGCGCUGACGGACGCUGGGCUUGAGGUUUGGGUGGCAGCAGAGAGCUCCUCACACCAGAGCGUCGGGACGCUGCUGGACAAGCUGGAGUCAGCCUCUCCAGAGAAGCCCGAGACUGACGGCCCUCAGCCCAACCUCAUGAACAACUUCCUGUUUAUCUUCACCUCUGGCACCACAGGGCUGCCGAAGGCUGCUCGGAUCAGUCACAUCAAAGCGGUGAUGUGCAUGGCCUUCCUGCGCUUGUGUGGCGCUCGAGCCUGUGACCGAGUCUAUCUGACGCUGCCGCUCUAUCACAUGUCUGCGUCACUGCUCUGCAUCGGCGGCUGCAUCGAGCUCGGGGCGACCUGUGUUUUGAAGAGGAAGUUCUCUGCCAGCCAGUUUUGGAAGGACUGUGUGAAGUAUGAUAUUACUGUGUUUCAGUAUAUUGGAGAACUCUGUCGAUAUCUGGUCAAUCAACCAAAGACUGCAGAGGAAGUGGCUCAUAAAGUUCGCCUCGCCGCAGGAAGUGGUCUCAGAGCUGACGUUUGGAAGGAGUUUCUCAGGCGUUUUGGAAAGAUCCAAAUUCGUGAAGCUUAUGGUUUAACGGAGGCCAGUAUUGGCUUCGUUAAUUACACCGAUGAAAUUGGACCCAUUGGGCGAGCCAGUUAUUUUAAUAAGCUCAAUUUGCCGUUUGAGUUUUUAAAAUGUGAUCCACACACAUAUGAGCCCAUACGCACAGACACGGGACACUGCAUUAAAGUGAGUAAAGGGCAAGCAGGGUUACUGGUGGCUCCAGUGAUGUUCACCAACCCUUUCCUGGGAUACGCAGGCGAUAAAGCCAUGUCUGAGAGGAAGCUGCUGAGGGACGUCUUUAAGAGCGGAGAUGUGUACUUCAACACUGGAGACCUGAUGCUUCAGGACCACAGAGACUUCGUCUACUUCAAAGACAGGAUUGGAGACACAUUCAGGUGGAAAGGAGAAAACGUGUCCACCACAGAGGUGUCUGAAGUGCUGGGCUGUCUGGACCUCCUGCUGGAUGUCAGUGUUUACGGCGUCACUGUGCCAGGAUACGAGGGGCGAGCAGGAAUGGCUGCUGCUGUACUGAAGGACGGUCAUGGGUUGGAUGGAGAGAGGCUCUACAGUCAUCUGCUCCACACUCUUCCUCCGUACGCAUGGCCCUGCUUUCUGAGAGUGCAGACUUGCUUAGACGUGACGGAUACGUUCAAGCAGCAGAAGGGCAGACUGGUGCAGCAGGGCUUCAGUCCGGAUACAGUCCAGCAGCCGCUCUUCUUCCUGGAUGCGUCGCAGAAAACAUACUCGCCCCUCACUGCACAGCUGUAUGACGAUAUCGUUUCAGGCAAGAUCCGACUCUAGAUGCAUUGUGGGAAAUGCAGUGCAAAGCGUCCACAUCACCAGGCGGCUACAGUGAUGCUUGUAUUUGUGUACUGCACAAAUGUAUGUGGCAUUUCAGGGCUGGUGUGUUUUUAGUGUUUUAGUCUCUACGGGCCACUGAGCCCACAGAUAAACUGGAAUGUCUUUGUAAUAUUAGUUAAUUUUCUGCAUCAAUGUUAAGAAAUCCUAACAAUCAAUACACUCUUAACCACUUCACUCAGCUUGUAAUGUUUCACUCUUGUUAUUAACGGUAUAGAUUUUAUAUUUAUUUUUAAGAGUAGAGCAGCAGUUUUACAAAUGUUAUUUGCUCUUGAUAAUUACGUAGGCUAAGUAAACCAAUAGGAACUAUUUUCUUCGUCUAAAAGUAAGGCUAAUUAAGAUCCCAGCUGCAGUAUAUGUGUGAUUGAGUAUUUCAAACACAAGGCAGAUCCACUGAUGAGUGUCACAUCUUCACCACACAUGGUCACGCUUUUAUAUCAAACAGGUUCAGAAAUGGUUUUAUAAUUGCAGCCAUGAACGUCAGAGAGCAAAAAUGGCCAUUUCAUUAAUAUGAGUAUAUGAUUUAUAUAUCUAUCUAUCGUUGUAGAUUUAAUGAUGGUCAGUUCAUUGUGUCUGUUUGUCUGACUGUAGUACUGGUCACUGGAGAUCCUUGUGGAUUGCUCUGGCAUGUUUGAUAAUGAUGAAGUGUGACUGUUAUUCUUUUGUUAGUAUCUCCGUUACGUUGUGAUAAAGUUAACCUUUUGUAUUGUUCAGAAGAUUUGUUAGAUGAUUGCAUUUGAUCCAGUAUUAUUAAUAACAAACUUGUAAAGGCAGUUGUUUACCACAAGGGGGCAGUGCUAACCUUACACAUUUUGUGUGUAAAAGU